UCAGCCUAUCUCUAUCGACUCAAAGACAAACACUCACACUCCUCCCAAUCGCAGACGUUCAGCUUCUGUUUGGUCGAACCCAGGUUUAUCGCCUUCCGCCUCUCCUGUCUCUUCUACUAUGUCUCUCCCAACUCCUACCGCCUCACUCGCAUCCUCAUUCACUAACAAAGGCGGCCAGGGAUCGCCUACCAGCCCCACCUCGCCACUUUCCUACUUCUUGGGAUCCCCAACCGCUAUCAAAUCGGGCUUCGCUGGCGCGUACGGCGGAAUCGGCGGUGGCAUUGGUCCGCAAAAGAACAUUCCUGAAGGAAGUGCUGUCUCAGAGGAGGAUGACACUCCUAUCGGACCUCGCACGAGGCUGGGGCAUGCUCGUGCUGGCAGUGUGAAUUGGCCUUCGGGCAUGGGACAUGAUCGUGCCUCUGGUGUUAUGAGGAGACUUUCUCUUAGUGGAGCUUUAAGUGGCGUCAGGGGCAUGCCAGCGCAACAAUCGUCCCCUCCUCGUGCUCCAUCCCCCCCUCAAGCCCCGGCUCAAAUCAAGUCUGUUGAACGACCCCCGUCCCCAGGCCUCCGCCCCCGUUCAAAGAAGAGCAACCUCACGAAGAAGCGUUCAUGGGUCGUGACAUACGAUCAUCUGCACAUCAAGGGCAACGGGCCCUCCCUCUUUCCUGUCCUGAUUAUCUUGCGGGGUAAUUGUGGGGAGCCCAAAUACCAAGUUUCUUUUCUUGAUCGGGAAGGAGGACAUCUGGGAGAGACAGAGAGGGAAACGGGUAGUAUUCCUACUUACCUGCCAUUUUUACCGGAACUCUGUGCAUGA